AUGAAGUGUGACUGGGGUCUUGCUUCUGUCCCCAGGAUCCCCCUGCACAAGGGGUUGUCACUGAGGCAAGUCCUGGAGGAGAAUGACCUUUUGGCAGAGUUUCUGAAGCAGCACAGGACUGACAUCGGCAGCAAAUACCUCCCUUCCUCCCUUGCUGGUGGGCACCAAGGCUUGGAGCCGCUGGCUAAUUUUCUUGAGACAGAGUACUUUGGCACCAUCUCCAUUGGGACUCCACCCCAGGAAUUCACUGUGGUGUUUGACACCGGAUCCUCUGACUUCUGGGUGCCCUCUGUUUUCUGCAAUAGCCACGCCUGCAAAGCCCACAGGAGAUAUGAUCCCUACCUCUCGUCCACUUUCCAGGACACCAGAAAGACUCUGUCUAUCUACUACAGUGACGGCAGAAUGCAGGGCUUCCUGGGUUAUGACACCCUCAAGAUCUCGGACCUGGUGGCCACCCAGCAGGCCUUUGGCCUGAGCACCCAAGAGCUGGGCGGCAUCUUCACCCACGCCACGUUCGACGGCGUCCUGGGCCUGGCCUACCCCUCCCUCUCGUCCUCUGAGGCCACGCCAGUCUUUGACCACAUGAUGAAGGAAGGCCUCGUCUCCCAAGGUCUGUUCUCCAUCUACCUGAGCAGGCGCAGCAACGAGAGCGUGAUCACCUUCGGGGCCAUCAACGACUCCCACUACACCAGUCCAAUCCACUGGAUGCCCGUUACCCAGGCGAUGUACUGGCAGAUUGCUGUGGACGAAAUCACUGUGGAUGGGCGAGUUGUGGCCUGCGGAGGAGGCUGCCAAGCCAUCCUGGACACUGGCACCUCCCUGAUAGCUGGUCCCAGUCCAGACAUCGUGGGCAUCCAGUACCUGAUUGGGGCCACGAAGAGCAGGAAUGGACUGUACCAGGUGGACUGCAGAAAGCUGCAACGAUUGCCUGAUGUCGUCUUUCAUAUCGACGGCGUCAAGUAUCCACUGACUGCCACCACCUACACCAACGAGAAUGGCGGCAUCUGUUACAGUGGCUUCGAGGGUGACUCCGGGGGCCAGUGGAUCCUGGGAGUCGUCUUCAUUAGGGAAUAUUACAGCAUCUUCGACCGAGCCCACCAGCGUGUGGGGUUGGCCAAAGCUGUCUAA